AUGCUAUGCUUGCUACGACGACUCUGGACGGGGAUUAGUGUCCAACGGCGAUUCUACAGCGUCCCUACGGACGACUCGGUGGUACUACGCCCUUACCAGGAGGCCUCUAUCGACGCUUGUCUCAAAGCUCUGAAGUCUGGGACCUCUCGGAUUGGUGUCUCGCUUCCCACUGGCUCUGGGAAGACAACUGUGUUCAUAUCGUUGCUGAGCCGCAUUGAUCCACCGCCGGAGAACCCAGAUGCGAGGCGGGCCUUGGUCGUCGUUAAUAGCGUUGAGCUGGCGAGGCAGGCGGCUGCACAGGCUGAGAGGCUGCAUCCAGAGUGGAAGGUUGAGAUUGAGCAGGGAGUGAAUUACCAUGCUUCGGGGGAGGCAGACCUUACUGUCGCGACGUACCAGACUCUUCUCCGAGAGCACCGACUGGCGAAGUUCAAUCCCACUGGGCUCAAGGCAAUCAUCGUAGAUGAGGCCCAUCACGCAGCCGCACCUUCAUAUCUACGCAUACUGUCGCACUUCCAUCCUGCUAUCCGGCAUCCCGACGAGGGCUUCCAGCCUCCAGAUUUUAAACAUUCAAUCGCGAUUCUCGGGUUCUCUGCGACAUUCAGUCGGCAUGACGGGCUUGCCCUGGGUUCCGUCUUUGAGCGGAUUGUCUAUCAUCGAGACUUCUUGGAGAUGAUCAAAGAGCAAUGGCUGUGCAACGUCCGGUUCACCUGUGUUCGCGCCAACAUCGACCUCAGCCAUGUCACCAUAAACACGCACACAGGCGACUUCAACGCUACCAGCCUGUCGCAUGUCAUCAACACACCGACGAUCAACAAGUUGGUCUUGCAGACAUGGCUCGAUCGUGCCUCCGAGCGGAAGUCCACACUCAUUUUCUGCGUCAACCUUGCGCAUGUACAUAACCUUACCGAGACCUUCCGAGAAGCAGGCAUCGAUGCACGCUAUAUAUAUUCGAGGACCCCAGCGAGGGAACGUCGUGCCAUAGUGGAAUCAUUCAGGAAGGGCGAGUUUCCGGUCCUCAUUAAUUGCGCUGUCUUGACGGAGGGCGCCGAUAUUCCCAAUAUUGACUGUGUCAUUGUUGCGAGGCCUUCGCGUUCUCGCAAUGUCUUCGCCCAAAUGAUUGGUCGAGGAAUGAGGUUAUCGCCAGAGACUGGCAAGGAGGACUGCAGGGUUAUCGACUUCGUAGAUUCACAGAACCGCGUCUCGGGAGUGGUAUCCCUCCCUACACUGUUGGGUCUCGACCCAUCCGAAGUCAUUGACGACGACAGCCUUACGUCGCUUGAGGAACGAGCAGAUGAACGCAUUCUCGCGAGUCGAGAGAAGACGCCUCAGCACCAUGUCCCCAAUGUGCCAAAUCCGAAGUCCAUCACCUAUGUCGACUACGAAGACCCGUUUUCAUUCGUCGACGAAGCGUUCGGUGCGCCGCACAUCCGCAAGCUAAGUCAGUUUGCAUGGGUUGGCUGCGGCGGCGACGUGUACAUCUUGGAAUGCCUCGGCAAAGGGUACAUUCGCAUCGAAAAGGGCCAGGACGAGUCCGAAGAGGAAGAACCUCACUUUGUCGCGCACUACACGCCAGCCACGCUCCCCAUGGUUACCGCCCUCAUGUUGAAGAUAUCGCCUUACCAGAAAAGUAGGGAAAUCCUCAAAGCGCAGACACUGGCCGAAGCGAUCCGCGGCGCCGAGACGUAUGCAAUCCAGAAGGUGGUCAAAGGACCUACUGCUUCUGGGCUCAGACGAAACGCGAGGUGGCGGCGUGAGCCUGCAACAGAGAACCAGAAAGCUAUGGUCAGGAAACGCUGGAAGGCGCGGCCAGGGCUGCUGGACCCCGACGGGCGCAGCGAGGACCGAAUCGAGAAUAUGACCAAGGGAGAGGCUGCUAAUAUCAUCAGCCGUAUCAAAUUCGGAGCCCAGGUGCGGUACGAGAAGAAAGCCGAGGUACAGCGACGCGCUGAGAAUGCUCGAGCCAAAGAGGAGCUGCGAGCUGCGAGAGAGCACGUUCGGGUGGGUCCCUUACCCGCCACCUAG